GUUGUAGUCCAAAUGCCAAGUUUUCUUCUUUUGUAAAGGAAUCUAUCAUGUCCCUUCCCCUGAUUUCUCCUAUCUGUCGCUCUAAGAUGAGUGGAACCCUUGGUCAAUGGAUUUGAAGGGUACAGAGAGGGCUGCAAGAAGAUGCAGAUCAACGUAUUGCCAUUUUGCAUUAGACUACAUCGAAGGUGGUUGGGUGUUUGGAACAAGGAAUGAACACAUGUGUACGCUGGAUUAUCCCAUGCUGAUGGAUUUUUAAUCUUGCCAUCCACUUUUUUGUAUUGUCUUUAGCCCAUUGCGGUUGCAGUAGGUUGCAUUCGGGUUUCGGGUAAUGAUAUUCUUCUUUUGUGUUGUUUGUGUG